UGUGUGUGUGUGUGUGUUAACUCCUUGCUCCCUCCUGGUCUAUGCAUUCCUGUGCCCUAUAUGCUACUAUAGCUUACAGGCCCAGUUCACUAACAGAGGGGGAAAGUGCCAUUGUCAGGGCUUUCCAUUGACAGUAAAGUGCCUACAGGCAGCGGGAGGGAGGGGUUCUAGUUGUUGCGAUGACCCAGGGGGCUUUGGUCCAGACCAACUCUGAUGACGCUGGUGCUUCUAUUGUCCACCGAGCCCUUGCGUUCAGCCUUUGCCAGGGUAUAAAAGCUAGGGUUCUGCGCUGAGAUGGCCAGCACGAUCCAGCCUACCCCACACGGCACAGCAAGCUGUACACGCAGGUAAGGACACACCCCACACCAACUGAAAACAGCAGUCGAUCCACAGCAGCAAACAGCGCACAGGGGCCCACUCCUCUCAGCCUACCAUGCCCGGGUGUGUCACCCCCAGGCGGGGCUGAGCCCCUAACAGAGGCUCGGGCCUCAGGGCCUACAUGAGGCACUCAGACCCCAGGCUGGAUUGGUACAACGGAUGGUUAUUUUCUCCUUGGAGAUUCUGAUCCAUCCUAUGGAAGUGUUUGCCCGCUGUUUCCUGCCUCAGUUAGUUACAAGACUAAGAAAUAGUAACAGAUACACAAACAAAACACAUUCAACUCUGUAGUGAGAACACACCUUUACCUUAUCUGUGUUUUGAUAUUUUACUCUCUCCCUGUCCCUAUUUCUCUCUAUCUCCCACACUAUUCUCCCUUUCCCUUUCUGCUCUCUCUCGCUCUCAUUCCCUUCUUACUCUCUUUUACUCGCUCUGCCUGCCCCAUCUUCUUUCCUCUGACAUGCCUCUCCUCUCCCCAUCCUCUCUCAUCUCUCCAUUCUCCCUCCCUCCCUCCCUCUAACCCCUCUCCCUCAAUCCAUUCCUUCUCCCCCCCUCACGCUCUCCGUCAGAAUCUCCUGAUCCCUCACCAUGUCUCAGACCGCCAAGUCCGCCUCCAGCCAGGGCACUGAUGUCAAGGACAAGGGAGCCCCUGCCCCUGCUGCCACUAGCAAGGCCACUAAGACCGGAGAACCCAGCGUCGGAAACUUCCGAAUCAUGCUGUUCGACCAGGAGAACUUCCAGGGCCGAAUGAUGGAGGUCCAGAACGAGUGCAUGAACGUGUGUGAACGCGGCAUGGACAGAGUGCGCAGUAUCAUCGUCGAGUGCGGCCCCUUUGUUGCCUUUGAGCAGACUAACCUCCGUGGGGAGAUGUUCAUCCUGGAGAAGGGAGAGUACCCUCGCUGGGAUACCUGGAGCAACUCUUACCGUAGCGACUGCCUCAUGUCCCUCAGGCCCAUCCGCAUGGACAGCCUGGAGCACAAGAUCUGUCUGUUUGAGCUCUCUGACUUCAAGGGCAAUAAGAUGGAGAUCCAGGAGGAUGACGUGCCAACCCUCUGGGCGCACGGCUUCACCGACAGAGUGGGCAGCGUGAGGGUGCCCGGCGGAGUGUGGGUGGGUUACCAGUACCCCGGAUACAGAGGAUACCAGUACCUAUUUGAGUGUGGUGACUACAGACACUACAACGAGUUCUGUGCCUUCCAGCCUCAGAUCCAGUCCAUGCGUCGCGUCAGGGACAUGCAGUUCCACCAGCGUGGUUGCUUCAACCUCACCUCCGCCAGCAAGUGAGCGACCUCUGGUGGAUGCACGCUGUAACUGCAGCCAGCCAGCGCUCCCUCACUCAACCCGCCCAUCGGGCGCUUUUUAUUUCUCCAAUCCUAUUCCUCCUUUCCUUCCCUUCACCCCUCCAUCCUAAAGGGAUGGAACGGCAGCAUCGUACCGAACGGAACAACCUAAAUGACUUUUUAUGAUGCCAAAUAAUAAACAUGU